AUGGAGGAUGUUCCUGACAUGGACUCCUUGCUAGACGAACUUGAGAGCGAUGUUUGCGGAAAAUUGACCAAAAGUAAAGAAAAUAAAGCGCCGAUCGGCGAGGAAGUUCAAAAUUCGAUCAAAAUCACUCCGGUAUUCCCCAACUCGCAAGUUCCUCUGGAUCCUCAGGUAUCUGAAGAUCUUUUCGAGUUGAAAAAAAAUUCUUGUCGUUCAGAAAAUGGUCAGAAUUUCUGUGACCCAGCCUGGCCCAUCUUUCCGGCCAUUUUGCGCCAUUCCAGCUUUCAAAUCGAAUGGAGUUGAAGGUUUAAAAAAUGAGUGAAAGUUAAAAAAGUCAAUUUUUUUUUUCAGAAAAGUCAAUGCCAAGCGAUUCUAUAGCACCUAAAAAGGUUUGUGAAAAUUAAUUGAAAAGUCUUUCUAAUGCUUUUUGGAAGCGUUGCAUCAAGCAUAAUAUUUUAAAAAAAAGUGCUGUUUGCUUUUGAGAGUUUUAUUGAAUUUGCUUCUUGAGAAAUUUUCCAGAAACGACUUUUUGAGAAGCAUAUAAUCAUCAAUAUAUGAACAUUUUUUUCAGGUAGUCCCAGAAAUAAAAGAAAAAAAUUAAUAAACCUGUCGAAGUGAGUGGCGUUUCUUCAGAACGCUCUGUGGUGAUUUAUCCAAACUUUCCCUAUGAAUCCUAUAAUUUCAUUUCUUAGGACCCUAAUACCAUUGAUGAAGAUGAAUAUAAUGACUUGGUCGCCUACUUGGACAGGUUUGAGGAUCCUCCGAAGAAAGGUGAUGUUUUCGCAAGUAUUGAAGCUUGCCAUUGCGCGAAAGCCGUUUUUGGUCGGGUGCGGACGUUCUGAGAAAUUCUUUGAAGGAAAAAGGAAAUAAUUCAACCUUAAUUGAAGAAAAGAAUAGUGUAAUUAUUUUAUAUGAUAAGCUAUCCUUGCGAAAAAGCACUAUAAGGACUACUUAAAAAUAACUUUUUUUAAUUUCAAGCACUUUUUCAACCACUUUGAAUUUUUUUUCAAUAAUGCAUCGAGCCAUUCCAAAUGCGGCCAUUGUGAUCCAUAUAGAAAUUUUUUUUUUAUAAAAGUAGUUUUCAGUUGAACCUCCAGCUACUCCAACCGCAGCCCCUGAACCUAUCAAAAACAAAAAAGAAGAAAUUCAAAGUCGUAAGUCUCCAGUAGACCCUGAAGCAUAUCCUGAAGGUUUAUUUUCAUAAUAUUGCGCAAAAAAAAAAAUUAGUUUUUAGAAAAAGAAACGGUUCAAAUCACCUUGAAGAAGUGUAGCGAACUGGACGAUCUUUAUCGCAGUGGUGAGUUUUUUUUUUUUUGACUCGAAAAUAUGAAUUACGGUUGUAGAAAAAUUCCUAAUAAGACGAGAAUGAGUAAAAAAUUUUUUAGAGAAGAAAAAGAAGAUUGAAAACUCAAUAAAGAGCUUUCCCAAGAAAAAUUUUGAUGAAAAAUAAAACUUCAAUAUUUUUAACUAGAACAAUUGAUGUUUGAAGAGAAAUUGAGGGUUUAGUAGUUUUUUUAAAUAAUUAAUUUACUGGUUCGUGGAAAUAUUAUGGAGUUCAAUAAGUUUUAGAAAAAUACUGUAAAAGAUUUUGAAAACCGAAAAAGCCAACUUGAUGUUUUUUUCAUUAAUAAAGACAAAUUUUAUAGACGUCGCUGACGACUUGAGCAUGAGCGACGCGGCUGAAGAAGUCGCCAGGAACCUGGUUGACAGCGUCUGUCACGAGCUCGAACUCGUCAAGUUCUCCGAAGAGGACGAGGAGGAGGAAUCAAGGUCCAGCUCUCCUGCGUCGACUUCUUCGGAAAGCGAAGGAAGCAGUGUCGAGGUUGAGACGGUCAUCGAGCGAGACCUGAAGCUCGAGGGAGACGUCGGAAAAGAAGUUGAAGCGGCAGAAGACGCGGAUAAAAAUGGAAACGGGAGCGCCGGUCUAGGAAAGAAUACACUAGAAGAUGGCAAAGCGCUUGAAAAGGCUCCUGAAGACGUCACAGCAUCUAAGCAAACUCCAGAAAUCGUCACACCUCAUGGACAAGCUUCAGACGACUCGAAAGUCCUUGAAAAGGCCCCAGGCGAAAUCAACGAUUCCAAGAAAGCGCUGGAUGACGCCAAGACUUCCAAACAAACCCUAGAAGACGUCAAACACCUUGGAGAAGCUCCCGAAGAAGUGGCUACUUCUAAACAGUCUUCCGAAAACCUUAAAGUUGAUCAAAAAGCUCCAGAGUCUUCAAAAGACGCUCAACGUCUUGAACGAGCUACAGGAGACGUCAAAGUUGUCGAAAAAACUCCAGAAGACGUCAAAGUAAACGAAAAAGCUCCAGGAGACGUCAUCAACUCCGGACAAGCCCUAGUGGACAUCCAAGUUAUUGAAAAACCUCCAAAGGCUCCUGAAGGCGUCAAUGAUCUUGCAAAGAUUCCAGAAGACGUUGAAGUGCCUCGAAAAGCACCAGAAGACGUCAGACUCGCUGGCGACAUCGAAGAUUCCGGAAUGGAAGACGUCAGAGCUGAUUCCGUCGAAAUCCAUCAAAAAGCCAAUAUUAACAACAACGGCAAAGAUCUUGAAAACGUCAAGGUUUCUCAAAACGCAGAAAUUCUUGGCGACGUCACGUCUCCCAAAGAAGAAGACGUCAAGCUACGUGACCCAGAAGCCGUCAAAAGCCUCCAGGACGUAAAAAUAUCCCGAAGAGCCAAGCUUCUUGGAGCCUCGCCGCAGCGAACCUACAGACAAACUUCUUCGGAACAUGCUGAAGGUGCCAAGUACACGGAAGAAGUUCUGACGAGACUGGAAGCCGGAAGGGACACGCCGAUCGUCGAAGAAGUCGUGCUGGAUUUGGAGAUUUCCGAAGAUCAUGGAGCGAUGGAAGCCAUUGAAGUGGCCAAUUCGCCGGUUUUGGUCAGUUUUUUGAAAAGAAUAAAAAUCUUCAAAAAGUUUGUGGUAGAUUUGAAAUGCCUAGCUUCAGUGUUCAGUUAUUUUCAUAAAUGAACCGGUAGAUAGUUUAUUUUUCAGAAGAUUUCAAGGUAUAAAUUAAAUUUUCAGUUCAAGAAUGUUUGAGGUUCUUUUAAUUUUCCAGUUUGUGGAGGAAGAGCCGAAAAAAUUGAAGCAAACUAGUCUUCUUUGAGCUUUACCUUAGGAACGCCAUAGUGAACCCUAUAGGGGCAGCCUUGGAGGCCCUUUAGUAACCACUCUGGUGUUUUUAAGUUAUUCGGUCAAGUCGAAAUCCAAUUAUUCCAGCCUUCAAAAGAGCUUGCCCACGAAAAUCAAGAAAUCAAUGAAGUUAGCGCCACGGAUGUUGAGGAAUUGAGCGAUGGAAGGCCGAGAUUCGAUGUAAAAACCACAAUUUUUGAUUUUAUCACGAGUUAUCAUCUGUUCAGUCUAUAGCAACGGUUCAUGUUCUCGAGUCGGACUCCGAGGAGAGUUCUGGAACCCCGUCGAGACGGCCAAGAAGGCUCACGGAGAGCGAGCUUCAACUCGGAAAGGUAGGAACUUGCCUGGAAUUUAUUAAAUAAAAAAAAUUUAAGACAAUGCCCUAUUGGAUUCCGGACACGGAUUGCGCCCAGUGUAUGCUCUGCUCGGCGAGGUUUUUUUUUUGUAUUUUUGAAGAUAUAGAACUUCUCUGCGCCCUCCUUUUCUCUCGACGUUUCUCUUACUUUUUCGUGCUUUUUCCAUAUUUCUCUGACCUCGCCGGUGAGGGAACAGAGAGACCCAGACACGCGAAAAACUGUCAAGUCGCGGCGGAAGGACUAUACUUUCAUUUUUAGAUCAUUUUAUAUGAACUUUGAGAAAAUUGAAAAUUUUUACUUCAAGUUAGACUUGCAGAUUCACCCUGCUAACGAGACGGCAUCAUUGUCGUGCAUGCGGUCGACUUUUGUGUGGAAAUUGUUGUAACGAACGGGCCACUCUGGAAUAUUUGAACACCGAGGGGAAGAAGGUCCGUUUUUGGAUUUGUAUAUGGAAAAAAAGUAAUUUUUUCAUCUCUUAUUUUCAUUCUUCUACGUUUUUUAGUUUCACUUUUACCCUUCACUUCCUUUCAGUUUGAUUCGUAUUUUCAAUCAAUCAAAUCAAAAUGUUUUAUUUCUCACACACAAGUACUAAAUUUCACGAAAUUGAUGUAGGGAGAAUUUGGGAACAUAUGUGUCGGAACUUGUGGUGAUGGAGGGAAGAGGACUCGCGGAGGAAUAGAGGAAUAUUUUUGAGAAAAAAAUCAUUGUUAAUUUUUGUUUUAGCUCGAUGAUUUAUUCAAUAAUCAAUCUAAAAAUUUGUUUCCUAAAAAAAUAUUUUUAAGCCCCAACCCAGCCGCGUCUGUACACCCUGCUCGAAGAUGUUGGGAAGGAUCGCCAAAUUUGAACAGGAGGAGGCGAAUCAACGGCUAAAGUGCGGAUUUUCAUCGAUUUGAACUAUGAUUUCAAUGUUAAUGUACUAUUUGGAAAAGUGACGUCUUUUGAUUUUUCAAUUUUUGAUGAUUAGAACUAUGAUUUCAAUGCUAUAGACCGUCUAGAAACUCUUGAAGUUCAAAAGAUCAAUUUUUUGUAUCUUGUAGCCUUUUUGAUAUUGAAAUUUUCAAUGAAAAUUUUGAUUUUCAGUCCAUCGACUAGUGAUUCUGAAGCCCCUACGAUCACGCCGAAAACUUCGAAAGGAGUCCUGAAAGUGAGAAGCGCUUCGAUGGCCGCCGGUGAGGCAGAAACUGACGGAGCUGGGUCUUCGAAUGGUGGAAGUGAAUCUGUGAGAAGGAGCGUCAUGUUCAGGUUAUUACUGAAUUUUGAAAAAUGACCGGUUGGGAAAAUGAAUGGAAUUAGUUGAUAGGUGCUUUAGGACACACGGAUAGGAAAACACCUCUCUUUUUUGAGUUUUUUUUUCGGCCCGUAGUUUGUAUUCUAUAGCCGAUUCACGGCUGUCUGCGCUCUACCCCAAACGUGCACUUUCUCUUUUAUUUAUCGUGUCAGGACCCUCUUUUUGAUAGUUUAAGUUAGCCGUGAAUCAGUGAGGUAGAGAAAAGAAGAGUUCCGAACUUUUUGAAGCAUCACAAAUUUCUGAAAAAGCAGAAGGUUCCCUUCUCUUCGACUGAUUUAGGAGCAGGUUAUCCUAAAAUACCUCUCAGCCAAGCUUCAUCGGUCAUGCAUAUUCUAAAAACUUCUUGUCGAGAAAAAGUUAAGAAAAAUUUUAUAUUUCCAGGGAUGGAAUUCGCCCCGGGGCAUCAACUUCGACGGCUUCUGAAGAGGAGAGAACGACGGUGGUGAAGCCUAAAAAGGUAGGAAAAGGAAAUUCUAUAACACAGAAAACAACUCGAUGAAGACUUCAGAUAGAAAGUUGAAACUUCUUAUGAAACUCGAGAAAACUCCAGUUUUUCAAAAGAAAAAAUAGCUUCUCAAAUAGCUGAGCUGUCAUGAAAGACCCCAAAGAUCUUGAAAAAGCUACAGAAAAAAAAAACAAGUGGAGGCGUCAAAAUUUCGGAAAAAUGAUCUACUGAAAACGGCGAACUUCAAGAAGCAGAAUUGUAGCGAGUUUUUGGGCGUUUAGAAUAUGUUCUCAUUUUUCGAUCAAAAAACCUUUUUAGAAAUGUAUGGAUUAUUCUAUUGAACCUUCUUUGAUUGAUUAGAGUAAGGCAAUCCUAUAGAAAUGACUGUUAAAAAAUCAUUCCGCAGUCUCCCCUGCAUUAGCAUACGAGCUAUACUUAUCUGCGGAAAUUCCGAAAUUUUAUCGGAAUUUUCGAGGUCAUGAUUAUACUAGAAGUAAAUAUAGCUGAUUCACGGCUGGCUUGAGUCAUCGGAAAAAGGGUCCUGACACGAUAAUGCACGAGAUAGCGCCUGGGUCAUGGAGAGCGCAGACAGGACACGCCCCCUUAGCAUCCCAAGCUGUUCGUGAAUCAGCUAUAUAAUUAUCAAAUGAUAGUUCCGAAAUUUUACGUGCAUUAUCAUACGAGCUAUGCUUAUCUACAGAAAUCCCGCAAGCGAUAUUCGGUGGUGAGAAGAAUCGCCGAACUCCGUAUGGAGGAUGAGCUGGCCUGCGCCAUCCCGACAGCUUCUCAACGAUGCCGUAAUUAUUUUUACUUAAAAAAAAAAGACUUUUAAAUUUCCAAUUUUCAGUUUUGCUCGUCAAUUACGAUAAAAUCCUGGAGUUUCGCGAGCCGGACGUAGCCUUGAAAAAUCUGAGAGAUGGAUUUCCGUUGACGGUGAUGCUGAAGAAGAACUUGUCUUGCAUCGUUCAGAUUGUUCAUAGUGAGUUGAUAAAAUGAGCAAUAUUCUUAUAGAUUGAGAAGAAAAACGUUUUUUUUUAUUGUUCAGUAUUUUUAUGGAUUUUCAAAAAAGGCGCCUGAGAUAACUUAGCGUUAAAUCUUCAAAGUUCCUUUUUUUAUGUCUUUUCAUCGGCUCUUUUGCACCCUUUUUGCUGCCUCUAGCUUUUUCUACCAUUUUUUGAGCCUUUGAAAUCUCAGGAAAAAAAAAUGGAAGGUUCGAUCAAGGGACUCUUUUUUGAGGCUCUCCUUUUUAACGGCCAUUAUCCACCAUUCUUACUUUGCCUAACAUUUUUUUCUGUGGAAAUUGGGAAACAUGGUUUAAAAAGGCUUAAUUUUUGAAAUUUCCAGUAUUUUUUUUUUGCUCUCUGAUUUUCAAACGAUAUUUUUAUAGAUUUUUAAAAGGAAAUUCUUUCAGUUUUUCAAUAAAUAAAUAGAAAUUUUUUUCCCAAUCAUACACAAAUAUGAAAAAAGUACCUUUUUUCGUAGUUCUUUCGAAAAUUCACGUGAUGAUUAUAUAUUUUUAGUGGGCGACAAAGAUGUCUGGACGGUUGGAACCCAAGGAUUCGCCCAAAUUGGCCUGGAUGAACUGUUUUUCGCCUGGGUUUUGAAGGAAAAAGAACGGCAGACGGUUUUUGGCCCCGAUUCGGGCCUUACGCCAGAAGUUGCCGCCAAUUUGCUGCCCUAUGCCGUUUUCCAUCGGAUUUCUAAUGUAAUUUUUGAUGUUUAUAAGAAAUUUUCAAGAAAAUUCCGUUGGAUAUGGUAUCGUGUAGAGAAAUUUUUUCUAAGAAGCUUUUUUCAUUCGGCGACUCCUUCUCUCAUUAUUCUUAAAGUGGAUUGGAAUUUUUAUAUACGCAAGUUGAAACAUAUAGUGGAUUGUUUCACGUGACGCGGAAAAAAAAUUUUUUUGGUCUGAAAUAAAAUGCCGUGUUCAAAGUAAAAAAGUGUCCAAGACUCUCCAAAAUUUAGUUAUCUUUUUCACUCUCUGACGGCUAGUUUGAAUUUAGCGGAAUCACUUUGAAAACCGCAUUAAAUCAUUAGAACAUUCUUUUGUAUAGCAAAGGCAAUUUUUGCCCUAGGAAAAGUUAUUCAUCUUGAAAUUAUCAUUUUUUGAACAAGCUAAAAAAAAAUUGAAUCCGCCAUAUAGCGAGAUUAUCAACUGACAAGCUGAGAUUUUUGAAUAUUUCUUCAAAUUUUCCAAGUUAUCAUCUUCGACAGCUGCUUCCAAAGAUUCUCUACAGGAAUUUUAUAUUUACCACCUUUUUCAUCUAUAGAAAGCUUUGAUAUUGAAAUUUAUGAAUUUUGAAAUCAAGAUGUACACCAACUCGACGGAGAAGGACAAUGGCGGCGUUUGCCGGGUCAGCGCCAGAACCCCGACAAUUCAUUCCGUCCCCAUGGCUGUCGAACCUCUGACCAGACACAUCCUUCUCUUCCCGCCAACUGUUCAGGUUCCGUAAUUGGAAAUAGUUCACAUAAAAAAAUAUUUCUUUCUGACAUUAUUGAAGGCUGAAAAACUUUGAAUGACCUAAUGGAACAUGAAAAAAGCUCUUGCACUAAAAAUUUUUGUGUAGUUUGCAGAUUUUGACACGUUGAAAGCAGUAAAUUGCUUUGCUGGAAUUUUUUUUCUGGAAUUAGGGGUUCUUGAAAGACCCAGGUUCAUAGAAAAUUUCAAACAGUGGGCUAAAAUAAACUUUUCUUAUGAAAUUUUCCUAAAGUCGGUUGAUUCUCCUCUGAUCAACUCUGCAAAAGUUCUCGAAAACGAAUAUAUCGAAUUUUCCUUGUUAGGUAUCACUUUUCCAGGAUUUUUCGCCAUUCAUCGUACCAAAAGAUAGUUUCCUGGUCGCUUGUUUCCUGCACGACAGCGAGUUGCAGUGGGCCAUGGCGUCGCCGAAUCGACUCCUGCUUCGGCUUGGAUUGAAAUAUGGAUGUGAGAGAGAAGCUUGAUUGACAGAAGUUAUAAAGUAGCAAGAUGGAAUAAAAAUUGAAACGAAAAAAUCGGCCAAGUAGGACGCUUAAAAUCAUAUUUUUGAGAAGCCAAAAUAUAAAAAUUACUUGUCACACUUUUUUUAUGAAAAUUUUGUUUUUGGAAUGGCUCUAUAAAAUUUCAAACUACAUCUUACCUUGGAUUUGAAACUUUCCAAAAAGGGGAUUAUCAAUUGGGAAAAAUGAUAGCUAUUUUAAAUUUCUGACUUUUUGAAAUGACUUUUCAACUAUCAUUUCCCGUGUUUCAAGCUGGAUUUGCCAGAUUUUCUUUUUCUACUUAUAAGAUAUCAAUUUUCAUUUUAUACCAGCAAUAUUCGUUAUUAAAUUAUGUUCUUGGUUGAUUAUCAUCCGAUCUUCUUCUUCUUCCUACGCCUUUGUACCGCUUGAGCGGUGUCGGCGCCCCAAGCCGAUUAGCCGAGGUCCUAUCCUGAUAAUCAGUGGACUGGCUCGAGUGACAUAUCCGUCCUUGUGUGUGAUGGCUGGGGAUUUUGAAGUCGUUGUCUCCCACUACCAACUUUUCUUAAACCCCUUGGUUUGGUCGGGGCGGGGAUCGAACUUGUGACCCUGUGGACCGUAGACAGGCACACAACCUGUUGCGCUACGGCGCGCCCCUGAUUAUCAUCGGAUCUAUUUCUUCCUAUUUUUUUCCUUUGAAGGGUACCCAACUCCAAUCGUGAAUUUCGUGGAUCGAGCACCUAUAUACUCUACGGAAACGGCGAGCACUGUUCUCAAGGUUUAGUUUUACCAGAAAAACCAUUUUUCAAAGUGAUUUCGUUCAGGUCUUUACGGAUUUCCGAAGCUGGACGUUCCGAAUGAGGCACAUUUACGGAUGUACCGUAUCGUUGAGCAACGAAAUGACGCUGGUUCAAUUGCCGAGGAAUUCGAUGAGCGAUGUUAGUGAAGGAGUUGAGAAAAAGAUGAUUUUUAAAAUUGGAUUAUGGAAAAAAAGAAUAAUCACAGAUACUCGGGCACUGGUGGGGAGAGCCCGAAGAAUCACUCUUUUAUUUUCGCUAAAUAAAAAAAAUUAUUUUUAAUUGAGUUUUAUUACAUUUUCCUAUUACUUUUUAGCAUCUUCGUUCGUUUUUCAAACCGUUUUCAAGCCUUUUUUUUCGAUUAUAGGGAAACGUGGCUUCAUUUGAUUUUUAUGCGCUAAAAUUGUUACAAAUAUAAGUAGCAAGAAGUAGAAAAAAUGAAUGAGGUACCUUUUGAAACAAUUUUUUUGCUUAGAAAUCGGAAGUUUGGUUUUUUAAGCGCUCUUUCAAUGAUAAACGUGAUAGAAAUCUCAACGGAAGUUAGUUUUUUUUCUCAGUUGAUGGAAAUAAUGCAAUGGAACCGGAUGAUGUUGGCUUGGAGCUGCGACAUCUCGGUCCACGACGACAGCCACCUCGUCUGUGACGAGUCCGAACCCGGAUCCUACAAUACGCAGGUCUUUGCCCGCUUCGAAGGCCGACGACACUGUAAUCACUGUGAUUUCUGAAGCCUUUAUUCUUGGUUGCUUUCAGCGACUGGCGCCUCAUUCGUGAUUCUUGACGGCGGGCUGAAAGUCAAUUCGCUGCAAGUCUCGGUUGUUGAAGACGGCGUUGCGAUCCGCGUGCAGCCGGACCGAUUGUCGACCAUUUUGGACGCCUUGUCCAAGGGAGAGGUGCGUUGGAAUUGAAAAAGAAGAGUGAUUAAUCUUCUCGUAUGAAAGUUUGCUGUACACUUGUUGAAGGAAAUCAAGAUUUUGUUCGAAAAAAAAGCUUUGAAGGGCGAUUUUGUGUAACUUUCAAUGAAUAACGUUUUUACAAACACCUGAAUCAAAGAUCUAUUGAAAAAAAAGCAUGCUCUUUUUAGGAACAUUUAGAAAGGCUAAUAGGUCUCUGUUCGAAAUUUAAAAAUAUCAUAUCAAUUUCACUCAAGGUCUCUCAAAAUUUUCACAAUUUGGAUUAUUAUGAGUUGAAAAUAUAGUUUUUCAUGAGUGGAACAGUAAAGUUCCUUUGAGGAUCCUCAGAGAGGGCUGAAAAAGCUCCAAAAAUUAUACUGAGACGUUUUUUAGCUCCGUUUUCAUAGCCUCAGAAGAUCUUUUUUGCAUCUCCCGUAAUCUUUUUAGUUGCUUUACCCUAUCCUUUUCAUCGAAAUAUGUAAAGGUGCAAAAAUGAUAUGGAAAAAGAUCUUCUGGGGACCCUCGAAAGGUUCUUUUUUUUCCGGAAAAAAGGAGCUUUUUCCGUUUUGCCCGAGUCGUCAAAAAUGGUUGACGUCUCCUCACGGGGUAGAAUAAUUAUUAGAUUUAUUUGGGAAAAUACAAAACUUCUUGCACUUGAGAUAUAAAAAUCUAUUUUGAAGCAUUUUAAAAUUUACAAACCUGUCGACAAAAAAUUUUACCUUUUUGUGUGUUUCGCUCUACAGGAAAAAAAUUAGGUUAUGAUGCAAAAAAGCGGCGAUUCGCUGAAAAAUUCAAACUUCUUCCGAUUUUUUGCUGUGUUCAAGAUGAUUUCGCUAAUCUUUGAAUCAUUUUAAUUAUCAUUCUCACUUUCCGGCGGUUUUUCAGAGUUUUGCGAGAUUUCUUUUAAAACGACAUUAUUUCAAUGUUGUUCAGGAAGUUGUGGAGAAGGACGAAGGAAUGGAACUGCGCAUCGAAUUCGUUGGCGCCAAUUUCAAUGCGGCUCCUCAUGGACCGAAGUCGGCGAUCGAUGAGCACUGUUUAUUGGUAAUUUGAUUUUUGCUAUCUUAAAUUUUUGAGAAUUUUCGGAGACAGUAGAAAAAGGUAGAUUUUCAAAAUCUUUCAUAGCCCAUUCCGCACGAGCUUUUCUGAUUUUUUUUUUCUGCUCGAUAUACCGUAUCUGACCAAGUUCAAUCAAGUUUCGCUUCGAGACCUUUGUUUUUUUUUCGCCUAUUCGGCACCAUCUGGUUUUUUAUUUUCUGUAUGUAUCCUGUUGAUGAAUGUCAGGGAGCGAACUUCGCCCCCAUAGCUACAGUAUCUUUCGCGUCGAAUUAUUUUUAUCGCGCAUGACGAUGAUCCUUUAAUAACGCCGCAUUUUUUGACUUUUUUCAAACUGUUAGAUAAAAAAAAACGGAGUUAGUGCAUGACCUGACCAGACUGUAGAAAAAAGAUAGAUCCUCAAAACAUUGCAAACUUUGUAUAGUCCCUUCCGCCCGAAUUUGCUGCUUUUUUCCCGCAAAAAAGACCGUAUUUGACCAAAUUUCGCUUCGAGACCUUUGUUUUCCUCCAGUUUUGUAGAGCAUGAUCGCUUCUUUUGAUCUCACGAUGGUUUACGGUAUUUUCUUUGAUGCUCUUUAUAAAGCAUCACCAUUGCACGCAGUUCAUUUCAUCGGAAUUUUUCUCUCAAAAAAUUGUCAAUUUUCCAAUAAACUUGACAUUUCUUUUUCAGAAUAAAUAUCAAUAUGGACUAUCGAUCGAACGAGCACUCAGUCAGGUGUUCCAGGUACGACUAUAAACUCUAUUUUUUUAAUAUUGUGAUUUUUUUCAGAUCCAAGGCGUCGCUGACCACGGCAUCCGACUUUCGCAGGUGUAUAGUCUGAGCAACAGCCGACUGACACCUGAAGAGGAGCCGAAAGUUUUUGGGUGUGUGUAGUUUGAUCUUGCUGAGCUUCAUUUUGUAUCGAGAUGAGUGUAAGAGGGGCACAGACUUGAAAAAAAUAGCUUGAACAUGGAUUUUUUUAAAGAUUAUAUAAUUUUUUUUAAACUUUGGUUCUAGUUUUUUUCCUUGAAAGAUGACUAGUGAGGAAUCAGAAUCACUCAAGUGACCACUAAUUUCUCGUUGGUGUUCGAAAAAGGCAGUUGAUGUUUUAAAGAGACCACUUAAGGGAAAUGCACAAUUUUUAAAUGAUUUUAAGGUCUCUAGGUAAAUUAAAUCGGUGGUUUGAUUUUUCAGUAGUUUAUAUUCCUGAAUUUUUGAAGCUUCUGCUCCGAAAUUACUCGAUUCUUCUUCAAAAAAAAAAACGUUCUGAACUUUCAGAAUCGUCGAAGUUGUGGCCAGGGAAUGUAGCGCCAUGCUGGGACCCUUCAUGGAGACGUUGAUUGAGCGCGAUAUCAAGUGAUCCCUUUAGCGAUUUUCCCUCUCAAUUUCGAUCGAUUUAAGUAAACUGUCGGUUCGUCUCCUGCUCUCGCCGGAAAACGUCGAGUACGAUAUCUCGCGAUGGCCCGGUCUUCCCGAGGAUAAUGCCGCUUAUCGUCAAUCUUUGGAUCAGGUAAAAUAUUGAGUGUAGAUUGAAUUUUUCAAAAUAAAUCAAAAGCGUGGCAAGAGGCGCCCCAAGGAUAGUUCGACCAAGAAAAAUGAUAAACUUGCUUCGAAAAAAACUUCUCGGACAUUGGUAACGCGAAACGGACGUGCUCCGGACGUUUCUGGGCUAUUCUAGGGAUCACUUAAGAGUUCGGAGGCUACUAAAGUGGUCACUAAAAAUGCCCCGACACGUCCGAUUCGCAUCCCGUUCGCGUUACCAAGGUCCGAGUUGCUUCGAAAUUUUCCUGAUUGUCACUGGAGCGCAUUUGAGGCGUGAUUAAAAUUUUCAAAAAAAAAGUUAAAAUCGUGUAGUCCUGGUUAUUAUUAGAGCGCACUUGUGUUAUGAUUAAUUAAUGAAAAACGCUCUUUCGCUUGGAAAGUUGCGCUCUAACGAUAAUUUUACCAUGAAACCAAUGAAAACAGCUCCAAUUCAUUCUCAUUGAAGCAUAAAGGUGUGAUUUGAUUUUUUAAAAAUAGGAAAUUUUUCGCACCAGUUUCAUGCUAGAAAAAUAGGUGGAUAAAAAUCUUCGAGACGUUUCAAUACUGCUCGAAGCCUUAUUGACCUUUCAGUUAUUUUUUAAGGUUAUUAAAAAGUAAUCAGGAGCUUGUAAAGAUGCUCUACUGAUGAUGGUAGGAAGGAAUUUUGGGUUCCCGAAUAUUGGUGAGCGUUUAUUGUGCAUACCCCAAUCUUGGAGGCUCGAAUCUUUGAAAAUUUGUAUCUUUGCAAACGAUUCUUGGGAAUAUUCACCUCUUUUCUGAUUUUUUAUAAUUUUUCCAAGGUUUUUGUUAACAGAAGUUCAAUCAAUCAAAAUCAAUCAAUAUUUAUUAGUUGUUUUAGUCCGAUGGAAUCGACUAGGCGGUGAAAAAUUGCUCUUUUGAGCGGCACUAACACCGCCUUUGGCGAAAAAGAAGUCAAAACGUGUAGUCGAUUGAUUUGAAAGCAUGGUCUUGCGGUCCUUCGCCUCGUUCUUCCACAAUUAGAUCCCUCAGUUUCGCGGGUACGGGCACGGCGGUGAUGGUGGGGCUCGGGCAUGGACGCCCUGUACACUCUAUGGAAGCCUCGGCCGAUUGAGAGAGCUAUCACUUCGAGUGAAGAAAAUACAAGUUGAUGGAGAAUAUAUACAGAGUGAAUGAAAAUGUGGUAGCCGUUCUGCAGCGAAAGUUUGACUACGUGUAUGCGAGAAAGACGCAUUAUUUGAUGAAAAGUUAGUUGAAAAAGAUCAUACAGUUUUAAUUUUGGUCAUAAAACGGCAUCUUCACAAUAAAACGACAAAGGAAAAAAAAAUGUAGAAAAAAUAAGAAGGAGAUUCAAAAAAGAGGGGAAUAUUCCCAAGAAUCGUGUGCAAAGAUUCAAAUUUUCAAAGAUUCGAGCCUCCAAGAUUGGUGUAUGCACCAUUAACGCUCACGAAUAUUCGGGAACCCAAAGUUCCUUCCUACCAUCGUACUGAUUAGUCAUCUAGAGAAGUAGGCAAAAGGUCUCUAAUUAUCAUCAGAGCGAUCUUGAGAAGCUGAUUAAUUUUCAGAAAAAGCUAUCUGCGUGGGAAGAUACGGUAAUAGUAGUCCAUCAUACCUUCUUCAGUGGAGCGUAACUUCCCACGCAAGGAAGCUGUUUUGCAAAAAUUAAUCAACUCUCAAAUUUGCUUCACUGAUAAUCGAAGUACGGUGGAUUUCUUCAUACCGCUUAUUUUGGUUAAGUAAUCAUUUGAGCGUAACUUCCCACGCUUCUAGCUUUUUUAAAAUUUUUAAUCAACGGCGUGGGAAGCUGCGCUUUAUGAUGAAUCACCCGGAAAAAUGAGAAAAAAUGGUUCCGCAAAGUUUUGAUUAUCAUUGAAGCGAACUUUCUCAAUCAGGAGCGUGGGAGGUUACGCUCUGCUGAUAAUUUGAGCAGGAAUCCAGGUUGACUAAUUUUUUUAAAGUAGCGCCCUGGCGUGGGAAGUUACGCUCCACUGAAAAAGGCCAAAAAAGAAGAUAAAUAUUUUAAAAAAAACAUCCACAGAAAUUUGAUUCUCAUUGGAGCGAAUUUCACCCUUUGUUGAAUUUUUCAAAAGCAGUUGGAAGCAUGGAAGUUACGCUCCAAGAAUAAAUUUUCUAGAGAAGCUAGAAAACAUUAAUCAACAGAUUAUUAUUGUCUUAGUAAUGGCUCCAAGAUAGCUUUUUUUUCCAGGAAAGUAGAAGUUUAUCAUUUGAGCAAAAUUGAGCAUCAAUAAAAGCUUCGGAGUAAGAUGAAUUGAAUUUUAAGCUCAUCCCGAUCCUCUACAACAUGUUGGACGUGGUACCCAACGGAUUCGAAGUCGAAUUUGUCCUUUCAAUUGUUUCCACCAAAGCCCUACCCGUUUUUGCGCCUUAA